CAUACCACAUAGAUGGAGAAUGAAAGGAAUGUGACUGUGUUCAUUCUAGUAGGUCUUACACAGAACCCCCAAAUGCAAAGAGUAGUGUUUGUGGUGUUUUUGGUCUUGUACAUGGUAACCCUCUCAGGCAACCUGCUCAUUGUGGUCACCAUCACCACCAGCCAGGCUCUGAACUCCCCCAUGUACUUCUUCCUGACCCACCUUUCCUUGAUAGACACAAUUUACUCUUCUUCUUCGGGUCCUAAGUUGAUUGUGGACUCCCUUAAUGAGAUCAAGACAAUCUCCUUUAAUGGGUGUAUGGCUCAAGUCUACGCAGAACACAUUUUUGGUGCUGCUGAGAUCAUCCUGCUGACAGAGAUGGCCUAUGACCGCUACGUGGCCAUCUGCAGACCUCUGCACUACACGGCCAUCGUGAACCGCAAGCUGUGCCUCCUCCUGCUGGGGGUGGCCUGGACCGGAGGAUUUCUCCACGGCGUUCAGAUCCUCUUUACAGUCUGGCUGCCCUUCUGUGGCCCCAAUGUCAUAGACCACUUCAUGUGCGACUUGUACCCUUUGUUGAAACUUGUCUGCGUGGACACCCACAUCCUUGGUCUCUUUGUUGCUGCCAACAGUGGGUUCAUCUGCCUGUUAAACCUCCUCCUCCUGUUGGUCUCCUAUGUGGUCAUCUUGCGCUCCCUAAGGGCUCACAGUUUGGAGGGGAGACGCAGAGCUCUUUCUACAUGUGUCUCUCACAUCACUGUAGUUGUUUUGUCUUUUGUGCCCUGCGUGUUUGUAUAUCUUCGCCCAGUCACCACUCUGCCCAUUGAUAAAGCUGUUGCUGUCUUUUACACUAUGGUGGCCCCUAUGUUAAAUCCUUUAAUCUAUACUCUCAGAAAUGCUGAGGUUAAACGUGCUAUGAAGAAACUCUGGAGAAAGAAAGUGACUGCAGAUGGUGAUUAA